CUGAGCUCUGAGAGCGAGUAAAGUGCUGACACUAGCUUCCUCUCAGGAUGAGUCACGCGGCAGGGUCAAAAUACGCUCACAGAAGAGUCGGACACUGCUUAUCGGAUCGUUAAGGCGGAAACUUUAGAUUUGACGUGUUCAAGAAAUGUCUUCGGAAGACGUUUCUGCAUUUAUCAUCUGAUUUUCUUCUAAAAAAAAAAAACAAACCCAACAAAAACGCACAAUUAUGGACAUCUUUAGUUCCUCACUGGUGUUCGAAAAGGUGCCGGUUGCCAAAGGUAAAGAUAAAUCCGUUAUUCAGUGUAUGGAGUGUUCAUGUGACAACUUCUACAUCGGAAGUAAAGAUGGAGUCCUCCAGCAUUUCACUACGAGCGCGAAGAUCGGGAUCGGACAACGUCAGACGCUACGAGAGCUAACGAAGAGACAGAUGGGCCGAGGUGGAGAAAUCAGCCAGCUGAAGGCGGUCCCAGUCCUGAACCACCUUCUUGUGCUUUGGGACGGCUCCAUCACGGCAUUAAACAUGUUCUCCCUGGAUCCCAUAGCAGCCCUGAAGAAGAUCCAGAAUGUUUCUCUGUUUCGCCUCGGCGAACCCACGGUUCACACCCAGCAGGUUUUCGUAGAGCUCUUCGUCGCCUCCACCAAACGGAGAGCAGUGAGCAUACACAAGGUGUGUGUGGACAGAUGGGAGUGUGUAGGGAACGUGGCACUGGCCCAGGAUCCUGUGGCUUUGGCUGUGCAUAAGUCGUGUCUGUGCGUGGCUACGAGUGACAGAUACAUUCUCCGUGAUUACCAGACUCGGAGCGCUCUCGAGCUCUUCACACAUAACCUGGGAAAGCAAAAUGUUCUCGCCAAGGAAAGUGUGAAAGGAGAGUUUCUUCUAAGCGGCCCAGGGAACUUGGGCAUGUUUGUGACGAGCAGUGGUAUAUCCCAGCGUCCUCCUGUGCCAUGGCCUGAAGGAGUGCUGGAUGCAGUGGUGCACUUCCCCUAUGUGUUGGCGUUGCAGAGUAACGCAGUCCACGUCUUCAGCAUGCUGGACCAGCAGCUAAAACAGACCGUUCUCUUAAACAGCGGCAAAUCGCUCCUCUCAACCACAGACAGCGUGUUCGUCGUCGCCGAGCGGGAGAUUCACCGGCUGUCACAGAGUCCCCCGGAGGUUCAAAUCCAAAAGCUGCUGGGAUGUGAGCGAGUGAACGAAGCGCUCGCGCUGCUGGAUGGAGUUCAGUCUCUUCUGCCUGAAGACUCUUAUAAGAAUCUGCAUAGGAGUAUUGUUUGUACCUCCGGAUGGAUUCAUUUCUACAGAGAAGCUUUUCUCGAUGCCAAAGAAUUUUUCAUAAAAGGUGACUUGGACCCAAGAGAUCUCAUUAGCCUUUACCCAGGCAUGACUGUCAUCAGUGAAGACUUUAAAUCUCAGCUUCCUAGCGUGAGCAAUGCUAAAGACCUGAGGAAGCUAAAUAACGAAGCCCAGGCAGAGUUUCAGAAGUAUCUGAGCUUCCUCUGCCUUUAUUUAAGCGAGCUCCGCAGGACUGUUCGGGGUCAAAUCUUCCUUCAGGACAUUGAUACUAACCUGCUUAAAGUGUACUUAAGGCUCGGAGAUGAUGAGAACCUGAACCAGCUUGUGUCUCGCCGUAAUGAUUGUGUACUGGAUGUGUGCAUGAGGGAUCUGGAGCGUCAUAAGAGAUUUUUCGCGAUCGGACUGCUCUAUCAAAGCCACGGUCAACAAUUCAAUGCAGUUCAGACCUGGGUGUGGAUGGUGGAUGAUGAGAGUGUGGAUUCCUCCGAGCCAAAUGUUUUGCUGCAUGUUGUAAAAACUCUCUCUCAGUUGAAAGAGAAAUCUAUCAUCACGAAGUUUAUAGACUGGGCUCUUCAAAAAGACCAACAGGUUGGGGUGUUAAUCUUUACUGAGAGAGAUCCAGGAGAUCAAAGCACAUUUGAACCUCAAGAAGUGCUUUCCAUUUUAACAAACUACCCAGAUGCCUUAGUUUUCUAUUUGGAAUUUUUGGUCAAUGAACAGCAAAGUCAGACGGAGAAACAGCACACCCUGCUGGCCAACACAUACACCACUCAGAUCCUCCAUGCUGAACGAGAGAUGCGGAAUAACGAUACAAGCACGAAGGAAAUGAGGCAAAAACUGCAGCAGUUUCUGUGGCAGUCCUCCGUCUAUGAUGCUGAUGAUGUAUAUGCGAAAAUACAGUCAUCCGCUCUCCAUGUGGAGAAAGCGAUCCUGCUGGGGAGAGUCGGGGAACACAGAAAGGCCCUGCGGCUUCUCGUCCAUGAAGAACGAGAUGAAAACGCUGCGGAAAACUACUGCCGGAGGACCUCUGCUGGACGAGACAGGGAAUUCACGCAGGAGCUCUUCAGCUGGCUGCUCCAAGCUUACCUCGAGACCAGGCCUCACGUGUCUGCGGCGGUGGAUCUCCUGAACCAGAACCCUGUAGCUUUUAAUCUGCUCAAGGUGUUGGAAAUGCUUCCUGACUCCUGGUCCCUUCAGCUGGUGAUGCGUUUCCUGUGCGAGUCACUGAGAGCGACGACGCACGACAGGAGGAUGAGAGGCCUGGAGAAGAGCCUGGCCAUGAUGGAUAACCUCAGACAGAGACACGCCUGGAUAGAAGCAACACAGGGAAUGGUCAAAAUGGACAGAAGCCGGACGUGUCGUUCUUGUCGGAGGCAGUUCACCGGGCCGGAAUUUCUGCGCAGGUCUACGGGGGAGCUUGUUCACACACACUGCUACAGCACAAACGACAGCCGAUAAAACUUUCACCGUCAGUUUGGUGUUUUCGACGUUCUUCACAUGUCCGUGUGGGUUUGCUCCAGGUUUUCUGAAACCUGAAACUCUUUCAGGUUCUCCUCCCAAUCUCCAAAAACAUGCUAAUAGGUAAAUAGUAUGCUAAUUAUUAUGCUAUGCUAAAUUUACGCACCUCUAGGUGAAUCUGUUUGUCCACGG